AUGAGCUGGAGCUUCCUGACGCGUUUGCUGGAGGAGAUCCAGAACCACUCCACGUCCGUGGGGAAACUCUGGCUCACCACUCUUGUGGUCUUCCGUAUCGUCCUCACCGCCGUCGGCGGCGAGUCCAUCUACUACGACGAGCAGAGCAAGUUCGUGUGUAACUCGGGGCAGCCGGGCUGCGAGAACGUGUGUUACGACGCCUUCGCUCCGCUUUCCCACGUCCGCUUCUGGGUCUUCCAGAUCAUCCUGUCCGCUAUGCCCUCUCUGCUUUACAUGGGCUACGCGGCCAAUCGGAUCUCUCGGCUUGAGGACGGGCGCGGCGGGGGCGUGGGCGUGGGCGUGGCGGCGUCCAGGACGGUGGGAGGGUACACGCAGCGACGGCCGCGGAAGAUGUAUUUCGGGGCGCGGCAGCACCGUCCGGGUCACGAGGAGGGCGAGGAAGAGCGCGAAGACGACCCCAUGAUCUACGAGGUUCCCGAAAUCGACACCACGCGGCGGGAGCUGGUGCCGCCGAGGCCGAAGCCCAAGGUGCGUCACGACGGGCGUCGGCGUAUCCGUGACGACGGUCUGAUGCGGGUUUACGUGCUGCAGCUGGUCACCCGCUGCGCGCUGGAGGCGAGUUUCCUGGCGGGACAGUACCUGCUCUACGGGUUCCACGUGGAGCCCGUCUUCGUGUGCUCGGACAAGCCCUGCCCCCACAACGUGGACUGUUUCGUCUCCCGCCCCACGGAGAAGACCAUCUUCCUGAGGAUCAUGUACGGCGUCAGCUGCCUCUGCCUCUUCCUCAACCUGUGGGAGAUGAUCCACCUGGCCGUGGGCACCGUCAGGGACGUCAUUAGGCGGAGACAGGCCACGCCCUCCGACGACGAGUACCAGCUCGGCCUGCUGGGCGCCGGGGGCGUGUCGGUGGGAGUGGGCGGAGCCGGGACGCUGAGCGAGGGGGAGGCGGCGGGCGGCGGGGUCGGGGACGGGGUCAGGGAGGCGGACUACGUCGGGUACCCGUUCUCCUGGAACGCGCCGUCGGCCCCGCCCGGAUACAACAUCGUGGUGAAACCGGAGGCCAUGCCUUACACGGACCUGAGCAACACCAAGAUGGCGUGCAAACAGAACCGGGCCAACAUCGCCCAGGAGGAACAGCAGCAGUACGGCUCCAACGAGGAAAACUACCCCCUGGGGGGCGAGGCCAGACCCCCGCCAAUCAACAAGGACGUCAGUCAGCUGGAGGCAGCCAUUCAGGCUUACACGCAGCAUCACCAGGCCAACCAUCUCCACGACGACCUCCACGACAACCAGAACAACAACGACGAUGACAAGCCGCAAAGCAACAUCACCCCGGUGAUCCAGAAGGAACGAAAACACCGCCCCAAACACGUCAAAACGGGCAGCGCUGCAAGCAGCAGCAGCAGCAAGUCAGGAGAGGGCAAACCAUCCGUCUGGAUUUAA